CGUAAUCGUGUGGUGAGUUUCGCAGUCGUGGGAGGUUUCUGGAGCCAGGUGAGGGCGAAUGUCGAAUUUUCUUACCUUGGGACGGAGGUGCGCGUGUCAGGAGACCGCGCGAAAAUGAAUAAUGACGAAGCGGCCAGGAAGUGAAAAAUGAUCGAAACAAAAUGAGGAGAACGUACAACACUGCAGUAGAUGUCCGAACGACGGAUUGUCUCGAACAGACGAGACGUUUGCACAAGGGUAUAACAGAUGUUGCCAAAAGAUUAGAUGAACAAAAGAGUCGUGCGUUAACAAUAACAGAUUUAUUUACCCCAUCAGGGGAAGCUUUGAGAGUGAAGCUUAAAGAUUAUUGCAUAAGAUUAAUAACUAAAGAUCCUGUUGAGUAUGCACGCAAAACGGAGGAGUUAUUAUGGAGAAAAGCAUUCUAUGACAUUGUAUAUGCUGCUAAAAAAUUACGGAAGAGCACUGCAUGGAAUGAAACAGAAAAAGCAGUGUUAUCUGUUCACUUGGCAGUAGGAGUUGGGUUUUACCAUCACUUGAUACUGAAAUUACAAUUAGAAUAUGGUUUAGAUUUAGUUGGUGCUAUUGAUUUUGCAUUUACAGAAACUGAAACUGAAACAUCAAAUGCCAAAAAUAAGGCAAGUCAGUCCAAAGUUUACAGCGAAGAGGUGAAGCAGUGUGUUGCUCGCUUGAUUCAUAGAAGUCUGGUAUGCCUUGGGGACUUAGCUAGAUACAAAUUAGAAUUAGACCCACACUGGGAUCCAAUGAUAGCAAAGAGGUAUUACAAAAUGGCUAUAGCAUUCGAUCCAAAUAUUGGGAUGCCACAUAAUCAAUUGGGCACUGUAGCUGGCAAUAGAAAUUAUGGCCUUGAUGCAGUGUACCACUAUAUCAGAUGCGUUUUAUGUACUGAACCGUUUGAAGGAGCAGAGGGAAAUUUAAAAAGAGCUAUUGUUACACACUCGAUUUACACGGAUGAAAAGUAUCCCACGCAUAUAUGUAUAUCGAGAUUGUUUUCUUUGCUACAAUCAUGGGAUUAUGAUGUUCCGAAUUCAGACAGAAUAAACCAAGAAUGUCAGGAUCUUCUGAAUAGUAUCGAAGCUUGUUUAAGCACGGAACAACAUGAACAAACCGAUACAAAUCACAAUAAUAGUGAGACUAGUAUCGAAGCAUACCUUCAAAAUUGCAAAAAAGAACAAACGAGUUAUUUAACAGAUGACAUGAUAUUGAAAAUCGUGGCCAUAUGUCUGAUGUCCAUAUCAAGAUUAAGAAGCAAAGAGUCAAGCGAGGUUCAAGGUGUCGUAGCUGUAACUUUGGCGAUAUUGUCGCAGUUGAUACAGUUUACAAUAACACGAUUGCAAGAGUGUUUUAUAGAUGUACCGUUAUCCAAUGUAGGAGAAGUUUUACAAUCAAAUGAGCAAUUAAUCCAAAAAGAAUGUAACCACAAAUCCGUUGAAGGAGAGAAUAACAUUACAAAACAACGUAAAUCAAAGUUAACAGAAAGUGGCAAAUCUGUCACUGAAAAUGACAAUAAAACGAUUUCUGAAAAGAGAAAUGCGGAGAACAAUGGAGAUCUUCAGAACGGACCUCGGAAAACUCGUGAGAAAACUAAAAGUUUACUGACCAAGCUCCGACGACGGAAACGAAGAACUAGUAGCGAUUCAGAUGCGAGCGACAUUGAUCAGACAACUAUGGGGUCUUCCAGUGAUGACAUCAACUCGGACGUUUCUGAGACAGAGGAUGUCCUGAGCGAAGGAAAUGCUUUAUCGGAUGAGGCACUCUCAGAAGACGUUUCUGACGACGAAAGUUCCGGUUUACGAAUGAAACAAGAAACAAAAAAUAAUCCUAAACCAAAAAAUAUGAACGGACACAUGGAACCUGAAGCAAAAUCUGCUGCAACUGAAGUAGUUAAUGAUCAUGUGCAAAAUGGUGGAAAAGCAUCCGAUGAUCAAACAGACAAAAAACUGGACAGCAAAAAUUGUGUAGUUAUCUCUGGUAAUGGGGAAACAACUAAUUCCGAAAAUACUUUCGAAGAAGGUAACGCGUCGUCAGAUAGAGUAAUUUAUAUUGCACAGUUGAAGAAACAGAAGUUAAAAGCGAACGAAGUGCUGAACAUCCUGAUUGGAAAAGAUAUACUAGCGUCUAUUAAGAUAUGUUGCGAUUGGUUAAGAAGUAAUCCGGAUAUUAUAAAGAUAUGUGGAAAAAGUUCUCGGACGUUAUUGAAACGCGUUACGAUUUUGCUGAAUUUAAUCAGCAUCGAUACAAACGUGUUAUUGAAAGAUUGCAAAGAUGAUAGCAUGAUAUUUUCAAGUGUCGAUAAAUUAAAAGAAUGUGUAAAAACAAUUCCGUUACCGGAAGAUAUUGACUUGAGAGGAUUGAAUUUGUUGGAGGAUGCCCAGAAGACACUCAAUUGGAAGAUACUUUACAAACAUAAAAUGAACAAACGGGAGGAAUCUCUGUUGAGGGCUUUGAAAUUAGUCGAAUUUGGAUACUUUCUUCAUUCCGUGGAAGAUGCCGGUGUCAAGUAUGAUAAUACGAAGCAAUUGUUUGUUACAAUCGACUUGAACCCAGUCAACGCAGCGAAAGGUGUUAAUAAGGACUUGGAAAUGGAUCAUUCUCGAGGAAAGUUGAUGAGACAUAUGGGGAAAUUAUGGUUGAAAGCAGAAGUUUGUGCUUUGGAGAGUCGUUUAAGGUCCAGGUUGAUGUCCCCAUAUUUGGUGCCUGAUCAUGAAGUCUUAGCUAAACAUACACCUGCUCUCAAACGAUUGGUAUACGCUAAGAAAUUCAUUAUUGUGAUUCCUAGUGUCGUCGUUUCUGCGUUGGACGAAGUGAAGCGAGUUAGCAGUCGAGCAAGAGAAGCGACACGCUGGCUGGAAGGUCAAUUAAAACGAGGUUCACGAUUUUUACGAGCUCAAAGACAGCACGAACGUUUGCCACUACCAUAUAUAAAAGGUCCAAGACCGAAAGACAAAGAGGCGUGGUUGUUUUUCCAAAUUAUCGAAUGUUGUCACUAUCUUACGCAACAGAUGAAAGUUGGUAUGACCAAUGAUGCAGAAACACCAGUUGUAACGUUACUCACUGGUUGCAGUCCAGAUGAUAAAAGAGUUCUUACUUUUAGUCCUGAGGGAUUGGCAAAGAGUGCAGGUGUCAAUAUCGAGUACAUUGAGACAUUUCAAACAAAAUGGAAGGCAUCGAGUAAAAGUCACGGUUGAGCAUAUUGAACUAAUUGAGAUGAUCAUCUACUGCUUCCUCAUACCGAAGUGACAGACUUGGACCCUUCUUGAUAGCUGCGACUACGGUCAGCUAAGCGGGCGAGUCAGAGAGGGCUGGAAACCCAGAAAGGAAAAUCGGCGGUUCUCCUUCGACAAAACCAGAAUGGAUCUAAAACCUUUUCCAUGAAAAAAUUCUAAACAAUAAAUUGGUUUCCUUUUAACCGCUCGCAUUGCCAUUUAUGUAUCAACAAGUACUUGUAUUUUUAA